CUUUCCCUUUCCCUCGUCACCAAACACCAAACCAUUCAUCUGGAAACACACUACUGUUAAUGGGAUCAGGCCUUUCACACAACCACCGGAGCAGCGUCUCGCCUCAGGCUCAGCAGCAGCCGUCGGCGGCCCGUGUCGUCGCCGCCGACGGCUCGCUGACCGAGUUCCCUGCCUCCUCCCCUGUCAGCGUCUCCGACGUUCUCGGCGACAAUGCAGGACGCCGCUUCUUCGUGUGCAGCUCCGACGCGCUCUACUUCGACGAGGAGGUGCCGGCGCUGGGCGGCGGCGAGCUGCUCCGGCCCGGCCAGAUAUACUUCGUGCUCCCCGCGGCCAUGCUCGGGCGUCCCCUGUCGAGCGCCGACAUGGCAGCCAUGGCGGUGCGGGCGAGCGAGGCCUUGGCGGCGAGAGCACGGCCGACUGGGCGCGCGCGCGGCGCCGGCGGCGCCGGCGGCGUCAGGAAGUCACGCGUCGCACCGGUGCACCACGCCGAGACGGGGCUCGGCGAUGUCGUCAACGGCGCAGUAAACGAGAAGCUGAACGAGAGGACACUCGGGGAGGACUCUUUGACAGGCUCGGGCAGUCCGACGAGAAACGGAAAGAGGUCGGCUGCGGCGGCUUCUCCGCCGGCGAAGAGGGUGCUCACGCCGCUGGGCACCAUCGAAGAGGAUGCCGAAUGAAUGACCAAAUGGCAUAAGAUCAUGGUGAAGCGAUGCUUGGGUGGUACAGUGGACCAGAAGCAUGAGAUUUGCUGAUAGGUUCUCUUUUUGUUGCUGUUUAAUUAUUUUUUUGAUCUAGUGGAGUUUGAUGGGUUGAAGAUUCGGAUGAAAUGAAAAAGAUAGAUAGAUAAAGGUGUCGUUCGAUCAAUCGGCCAUGGUGCCGCUGUACAUGUAUUUGACAAUAUAUAAAGGGGAAUGGAAUUUGAUUAAA